GUUGUUUACUCAGUGUCCUUUCGUUAUUGAGAACUGGUCGUCUUUGCUCGGAUAUUCUCCGGUUAUCUCGGAUUGCCAGAAUAUAGAACAAAAAUGUUGAAGACGUUCGCUCGUUUCGGGGUCCAAGCAGUUUUUAAUGGCGUUUUGAAACGGCAACCUGUCGUAGCCUCUUCGCGUCUAUUUUCAGCUAAGCAAGAGAGCGAGGCUGAAAUUGACGCCCGCCUCGAGUCCUACUUCAAUAAACCUGAUAUCGACGGUUGGGAAAUUCGCAAGGCGCUGAACGAUAUGCACGGCCUGGAUAUGGUGCCAAAUCCGAAAAUUUGCAUCGCAGCGCUUAAAGCUUGCCGACGCUUGAACGACUUUGCCCUUACCGUUCGGUUCCUUGAAGCUCUAAAGGAAAAAACAUUAGGCGUACCGGCCCUCUACGACUACGUGAUAAAAGAAAUCCAGCCAACCCUUAAGGAGCUAGGAAUUAGCACCCCCGAGGAAUUGGGCUAUGACAAACCUGAGUUGUAUCUCCAGUCACCGUACGACAUCCACUAAUUUUAUUUCAAUCACGAUAGGUGGAGUGGAAAACAAAAUAGCACUCCCGGGUUAUAUCUUCAGUCACCGCAAAAUUUCCAUUGAUUUUAUUUUAGUAACUUAUUUGCGGAAUGACGACAGCUGAAGUAGAAAAGAAAUUUGAUGUUGUAUAUUCGUUGCUUAGUAUCGGCGAGGUUUAUCGUUUAAUAAAGGUUCAAUAAACAAAGGCGUAAAAGUUCAAUAAAAAGGCGUAUCAAUUUGAUUUACA